AUGAACACAUCAUCGCCCUCUACAGCUCUGCCCACCGCUGUCCUCUCGGCGGCCAUUGCAUCUUCUGUGAUAGGUGGCAUUCUCAUAGGGCUCAUUGCCGGUCUUCUCCUUCGCCCUCUGCUCAACCACAGUCGCUUGAAUCCCAAACAGAAGGACGAUGUCCUCGAAAGGCAGAAUCAAGAACAUGGGCUCAAGCCAAACGACUUCCGACGUGUCCCAACAUAUAUCCCUCCAUCUACCAGGCGUUUGAGGGACUCGCGGCCGGUCUAUCAGAUCCGACCAGAGGCGACCGUUCGUCCUCCUCCCCGCACAUUACAACUCGGUCGACAUGUGACCUCCAUCUCUGACCCCACCACCGAGGGACAGAGCAAGCGGAUAAGCUUCCUGCAGAAUCGUCCAGCAACAGCGUCCGUCGAUAGGGCUUCCGAGCGGGUCGCUGCUCCGCCAUGUGUACAACGCGCCUCGAUGUGCAGGUCGACGAUCGAGUACAUCUCUUCGCCACCUACGUCCACUGACGCUGAGACCUCUGCUCAAGGUGCCCAGCGUAGUCGCAGUGCCAGCUCAGCCAGCGCAGCCAAGCGUUUUCCCGCUGCAACGCUUUCCGUGCCUAGCGAAAGCACUCUGCCCCACCCAUGGAAUGUCAGUCGUCGCGGCGCGCUAGCCAGCACUCGACCGGGUACCGCAGAAAGCGAAGAUUCUUCCCGCUUCCUCCCACAGCCACUAGAUCUACUGGCGCCGAUGGAAGACUCGACGGUGGAUGAGAUGUCUGUACGUAUGACCAGCGAGCAGACUAGCUGGGAUAGCGACAUUGCUCGCGAGCCUGCACUAGAUGUUUCCCCAGAGGCGGACACCCUCAAAGUGCCGACCACACUCGCUUCGGCCGUGGCAAAAGGUGAAGAGCGUCCACUCAGCCUGUUGGAGACGUCCACUCCCCAGCCGGCUCGGCCUUCUUCGGACAUUCGCUCCUCCGCUGCGACGGAGGAUCAACGUAGCAGUCUGUGGUCACAAGAAACAACGCCAUCUGCCUGGGAGUACGACGGGGCAUUGUACUGGCAAAGACGCAAUGCAUGGCAGAAGGAUGCCACUGCUGCCAGGCCCGAGACAUCCCCCUUACCCUCAUCAUCGGGUCAGCCGGUAGGGACAAAAUCGCGCCACUCCCGGCGAGAGACGACGAUUGGUACUGCUUCCUCUUUGAGAUACUCUCGAAAUACACCCCUGCUCCUAUUCCUCCCUCCUGCCUCUUCGGCCUCCUCGACACACUCGGAAGCCUCAGAGAGGCGAGGAUCAACCUUUGUCCGUUCCUCGGACGAGACGUGGGGCGAAGACGAGGAGAUGACCCGGUCCAGCUCGGCGGCAGCCUCGGAAGACGCAAAUGUGCUCGCGACCUCCGAUGAGCUAGAAGCAGAGCAUGACCGAACGAAGAAUGAACGUACCUCCGUAGAUGGGAUGCUAAACGAGAUGCUCAUGAUCGCUCCCAUGCCCGACUGGAGACCAAUCAAGACUACCAACACCACCGCGAGCGCUCUAUCUGUCGCUCAUGCACGAGCCCCCUCGACUGCCAGUACGGCGACGACGAUUCAACUGCGGUGGCAGACGUCACAGGAUACUGUGCACUCUCCUCUUCCGGUUGCAGCUGCAGAUGCAAGGAGAAGUGCAAGUGCAAGUGCAAGUGCAAGUGCAAGUGCAAGUGCAAGUGCAGGUGCUCGUGGUCGUGUCAUUGCUACUACUUCUGGCGCCAGCUUCGCAGAAGGGUACAGAUCGAUGGAUCCACCGGACUCACCGCGAGAUGUAGGCGUAGACUCGGAGAGCGACGAGUCCUCGCCUGAGCUCAAAGCUGGGACCAGCGCUAGGGCUGGGGCUAGAGCUGGAACUGGAGCUGCAGCUGGAACUGCCACCUCCAUCUCUACCUGGAGUGCACCUUCCACCCCCAUCUUAGCGCGGUUAGUAUUCCAAAGACCCGCUACACCUCACCAAUCUCGUCGUCCGAAGACUGCACCUGUAGAUCGAGUAAGAGAAGCACACCAUGUUCUGGCUCCUCCUGCUCUUGGAUCUGGAUCUGGGUCUGGGGUGUCUCCCAAGUAUUACGGACCAGGUAGGACUGGCUGA